CAGAAAUUGUUUGGUAACACUGUCAAGGGUCCAUACAAUCCAAUUCAGCGAAGUAUUUAGUCCAUAACACAUUUAUAUAUCAAUAAGCAUCCACGGAAUGUAGUAGUAGCAUUUCAAGCUAGCCAAACGAGCGAUCAAAACUUCAACGCAUUCUAUGGUCUAGGUUCAUUUCACAUGUAAACAUGAAGAAAAACGUGACUUCAAAAUGGCAGCUGACCCGUGAACUUUUGAUAGACAGGUCAUUUGAGCCAAUCGGGCAAUGAUAUGGGUGUGACAAGUUAUCAAUAGCCAAGGAGCGCCUAUGAUAAAGAAUGGCACCGCCCUCUCUUUGAUUGACAGUAAAUCGAUCCAGUUGCAAUGGAUGAUGGAAAUGACGGUCUUUUCUGAUAGCCAAUGAAUUUCUGUAAAUAAUAAUAUGUAAUUUCAGUGGGACGAUUCAUCUGGUCAUGCGUGAAGUUCGUGCGCAAAGCACCAUAGUGAUUCAUGCGCCCGUGCGUAAAGCUAGCAUUGAACCCAUUUACGAGUGAAAGAAGGUAACGGGUGAAAAAUGGCGAAGAGAACUAGAAAAACACACUUCUUACUUGAAGAGGUAAUAGAACAGUGUACUCGCCGUGAUAGUGAUGAGUCGGAGGAUGCUAUUUCGGAUGAAGAGAGCGAUAUUUCAUCGAUUGACUCGGUGGCGGAGGAGAUGUUUUUGGACGGUGGAGACAUGACCCUUGACAAACCAUCAUCUGAAAAUGAAUCUGAUGAAGUCUGGGAGCCAGGCAGUAAAAAACAACUUACUGAGGGUCAGAGUGAAAGCACCUCAUCAGGAGAGGAGCCCCAUCCUCCACCUUCACAGAGACGUUCUGCCAGCAAAACACCAAGAGGCAGAGCACGGGGGAGGGGACGAGGCAGAGGGAGAUCUGGCAGCAGUCAAGUUGAAAUGUCAUCCAGCACUUCUGAAGAUGGAUGGAAUGAUGUUGACAUUCCAGAUCUGACACCACCACAGCCUACCUUCAGACCCACCAAUGCACCAGGACCUCAGCUCAUUCGUACAGGAACUUAUACGGUUCUCCAGUUUUUCCAACUCUUUUUUUCCAACACCCUAUUACAGACAAUAAUUACAAACACGAAUGACUUUGGGUCAACACACUAUUCAAAGCCAUCCAACCCGUGGAUUGACAUUACCCUACAGGACAUUUUUGCUUUCAUUGCCAUGGUCAUUUACAUGGGUAUUGUGAAACUCCCUUCAAUCACAGAUUUCUGGCGAGGGGGUAAUCUGUACAGCCUGCCAUUCCCUAAAAAGGUUAUGACAGGAAAAAAGUUUCUCCGGAUCUGCCGCUCCCUUCACCUCAGUAAAAUGGUGGACGAUGCUGCUAAUGAGCAGAGAAGAGGUACACCACAAUUUGAUCGCCUCUGCAAGAUAAAGCCACUGUACACUGAGAUGAGGGAUGCCUGCAAAAGGAACUUUCAUCCUGGCCAGGAAAUUUCAAUCGAUGAGAGGAUGGUUGCCUCAAAAGCUCGUAUUGGGCUAAAACAAUACAUGAAGAAUAAGCCUGUUCGCUGGGGAUACAAACUUUUUGUUCUUGCAGACUCAAACAAUGGCUACACAUGGGACUUUUUUGUUUAUGAAGGAAAGCUGCAAGGAAACAGUGGCAAGGGGCUCAGUUAUGAGUCUGUGAUGGAGCUCCUUGACACCCAGUUGCUUGGUACUGGCUACAAGUUGUUUGUGGAUAAUUUUUACACCAGUCCCUCUCUUUUCAGUGACCUCCUGCUGAAGAGGAUCUGGGCGUGCGGAACCAUACGUCCAAAUAGAAUUGGGUUUCCAAAAACACAAACAAAUGUUCUGGAUUCUAAAUCUCCCCGUGGGAGUAUAAGAUGGAUCCGGAAGGACUCCCUCCUCUUUGUUCAGUGGCGAGACACAAGGGACGUGUUCAUGUGUUCCACACUGCACACAGCCCAAUGCGGGGGACACGGUUCAACGGAGAGUCCGAGAUCCAGAUGGGCGCUGGGUGUUGAAGGACAUCUCGAUUCCACCAGCAGUGAAGGAGUACAACCGGUGCAUGGGUGGAGUGGACCUAUCUGAUGCCCUGAUCAGUUAUUAUAAAUUCAUCAACAAGACCCAGAAGUGGUAUAAGACUUUUUUUUCUCACUUCAUAGACAUCGCAGUUGUGAAUGCCUUCCUUCUGUACAAGGACCUCGCUAAAGGAAAAGGACAGGUACCCAUGCACCAGAAGGCCUUUAGGGAGACACUAGUUGAGGAGCUGGCAGCAGCAGCUGGCAAACCUGCUCCAUCACACACUCCACGCACUGCACAUCACAUGCCUGUGCAUAUCAGUGGACACAGCACUGCGGGUCAUCUGAGGUGCAGACACUGCCAGGCAAAGACACCAGUAAAGUGCUCUUCCUGCGACGUGCCUUUGUGCUUUCUUCCAAAUAGGGAUUGCUAUAAUGAUUGGCAUGUUGCUAAUAACCCUUGAUAGGUGUUAGGUGUUAUUUUAAAUGGGUUCUGUUGUAGAGCACCCAUAUUUUUUUGGAGUAGAUGUGCCCCUGGAAGAGAUCAUUUCUUUGAUUCUGAAAAAUACAAUUUGUAAAUAGUUUGAAAUACAUAUACAUACAUUUGUGUAUACAUAUAUAUUUUAUUUAUUUUACAGUGUGAGUUCUAAAGUGCUCUUCCUGCGACGUGCCUUUGUGCUUUUUCCAAAUAGGGAUUGCUAUAAUGAUUGGCAUGUUGCUAAUAACCCUUGAUAGGUGUUAGGUGUUAUUUUAAAUGGGUUCUGUUGUAGAGCACCCAUAUUUUUUUGGAUUAGAUGUGCCCCUGGAAGAGAUAAUUUCUUUGAUUCUGAAAAAUAUAAUUUGUAAAUAGUUUGAAAUACA